CGAAAAGCAUCAAUCAACUUCUCACAACUACUUCUAGAAGAGAAAAUAAGAAAGCAAGAUAACACUUCACUUAAAUAAAAUGGCCAGUUUCUCAAGAACUUCCCUUCUUCUCGCUGCAGUUGCAGCUGUAGCUCUUAUCCAAUGCUGUGCAGCAGCAUAUACACCUCAACAAAAUAUAUUUUACAGCUCAGUUGUUAGCCUCAACUUACUAGAUGAAUUACUUCCAUCUGAAACUGAAGCCUCGGGACUUAAGAGGUCAAUGCUAUGGAACGUUACAAGGAAAGUCAUCCAACUACACGAAAUCCAAAAGAAAAUCAAUGCAACCACUUCUCCAACAGAAAGCCUGAUUGGUCUCAGGAAUAUUAUUGCUGCUUUGGAAGACACUGCCUGCAAAUGGUUAAGCAUAAAUAUGGAAGGUCCGUUUAACUGUACAGACAUUGAAUCACUUAAGACGAAGUUUGACCUCUAUGAUCAGUUAAAAGAGACUGAGAAGGUUACAAAUUCAAGCUGCUGAUAAUAACACUCUCAGUUGACUCACAUUUAAUUUUUAUCUAG